UAACGUUGACUCCGGUUGAAAAAAAGUCAACUUUCAAGAAUGGGGAUAGUGGACGCAAGACUAAAGGGCCGGCCGUUUCUUACCAGCUGCUUCAGCUUGACUGACUCUGUAAUGAAAAUGAUUGGAGUGGACUUGCACAAUUGCAGACUUGCAGUUGCAUUAUUAUGAUUUUUAAAGAGAAAUAUUUAUUUGUUGUUGGAUUUGUUUAUAGAUAGAGGAAACAAUUGGGAUACUUCAAUAUUUUUCUUUAGAAAAUAAUAGAGGGAUGGAUGAUUGGAUCGUACACGUUAUUUAUUUAGUGGACUGUUCUGUAAUACUGAAUUUUUAUUUAUUUAUUUUCCGUAGACUAUACUUCAUUUGAUUCCGCAAGCAAAGGAGAGCCAUUUAAAUUCUGUUACUCACAGCUCCAAGUGAUCUGUUUUCACACUAAAUCUAUUAAUAAUAGUCAAUAAAUACCUGUCACAAAUUCAUAUUUUUUAAUGAGAUUUGCAAUGUCUCUUUUUUUUUUCUUUUGGGUCAAAGAUUUGCAAUGUUUCUAUAGCACUUAUAAAUUCAAGAUUUGGAACAGUCUCUGACUUGAUUUUGGUUUUAUUGAACAUGUAAAAUCCUCACUAGUUUGGUAACAAUAAUCAAAAUUCAAUCCACAGAUAAACCCGAAAAUACGUUUUAUAACAAACCUAACCAGCAUUAAUGUAUUUGAGUUCUAAUAAUUAAGUUUUUCAAAUCCAAAUUAUAAGUUAUAAAUAAUAAAUAAUAUAUAUGUAUAUUAAAAUAAUAAACGAAAAACUAUAUUCAGCAGAACUAUACAAGAUUACCCAUUUGUGUGACACAAUACGACGACAUGAAUAUCUAAUUCUCUUCGGGAACAAUCAAUAUGUCUAGCGCCGGUAGACAGAUCUUCAGAGAUUAUUCGGUUGAGUCUCGGUCCGCCGAAUAUCCGGGUCAACAAAUUUUUACUUGUACAAGAUGGUAAAUUAGCAAACUUUGUGGGUCGUCAUUUUGUUCACGAAAAGGGUCUUCCACCCACCUGAGUAUUCAAUUAUAAACCCAUUUACGGUUGAAAUAGUCCUGCUUAAUAGGCCCGUAUGAUUGUUUAUUGGGACUUUACGUGAAUGCAGCCUGCGUGAAUAGCCCACGAUUGAAAAGGAGAAAUGUAUACAUAUUUCGUUCGAUCCUAACAUGUGACUCGAUCAGAUGAUUGAGAGUAAUAUUGUGCGAAAAGUUUAAUAUAUGUUUAAUCCUGAGGAGAAAUAAUAUAAAGCAAAGUUGUUAUAGGGUAGUAAAAUUGAUAAUUACAAGAGCUUUGACCGUAAUGAUUCGAACAUGUUACCCACACACGGAGGUGAAUCAGCAAAUAUGCAUGCAUGCGAUCUUGUUUGUCUUUGAGAAUCUGCCUCUCCCAUGUGCUUUCUCAUAACUAUGUUAUCUUGGUUUACUUAUUAAUUCGUGUUAUACUACAAGACAUAGAUCAGGAUUAAACGAUAUUAACCAUGAAAGUUGGUGGUGUGAAAAAAAAAAAAAGUUGGUUGGUGUAAAUGUUUUCUUCAUAUGAAAUAUUGUUUUGCCAGAAAUCAAGAAACUCGAUCAUCUCUAUUAGAUAUCUCUUACCGCACAUAUAUUGAUAUAUGUGAUCUGCGUCUGUCUUUUUCCAACUAUAUCUAUCUUUCAUUAUUAGUUUAGUACCUAAAAUGUCGCUAUUCAAAUUGGCAAAAAUCAACAUUAAGGAAAUAAACUACUACUGACUUGGUAUACAUUUGUUGAAUUUUUUUUAUACAAAGCACAUGAUAUGUACUAAUGUACAGUCUUUAAAGUCCAUUGACUAAAACAGUUGGAAGUAAUCAUCAGCGUUUCCCUAACCGACCAAACUCUUAACGAUGCCUUAUCUUUGUCCAUAAUCAUGUGCCCCCCCCCCCCCCUCCCCCCCUUUGAUCAAAAAAAAAAUCAUGUGACCCUCAUUUUUGAUGUGCUCUCCUUUUAUUUCAAUGAACUUGUUUUUUUUUUAAAUGAAGCUCCUAUUUUUUUUUUGUCAAUUCAAUGCCUUUAUAUUUUAAAACAAUUCGAGAUCUAGCCGGUAAUGUAAUUAUGGAAGAAAAAAUAAUAUAUCGUGCAUAAUGAUAUACAAACACAUUUUAUAAGCAAAUAAACAUGCUCUACCUUUUUUCUUUAAUCGCAAUAUAAAACAUGUAUAGGUUUAAUCUAAGUACGUUGCCUUACAAACUAGGGUGAUGGCUGUCAGAUUCUUUAUAUAUAGGAAGAUAAACAAUUCUUUUUACAAUUUUAAAUUAUAUAUCUUAUAAAGUUUGUGAAGCACAUUCAUGCGGAUGCGCCGGAGGGUGACGUGGUACAAGUCCAUGUUUAAAAUAUCAAGUAUGAUGUUUGUCUAGAAACAUAUAUUUAAUUGACAUUGGAUCCUUUAGGAUUUCAGUGUUUGGGGUAUGUAGAAAGAACCAAAAGGAAGAGGAAAGCUAAACAGUUUGGUGUAGACAUAGUUUUACGUAGUUACUUGGUAUUUUAUGGUAGAGCAUAUAUUAUGGCGUGAAAAAGUAAUGUUGCGUGCGGUCCCCGUUUGUCCACUAGGGCAAAAGACGGGUUCACUUGUUAACUAUCGGCCUAUCAUCUAUUAAAGAGAUCAAAUCAAUUUUUAUUUUCUAAAAUAUAUAAUAGUGGAAAGGUAUAAAUAGUGUUUGUCUCUUAGUUUUUGGUCAAAAAUGAAAGACGAGUUACUAUUAUCCUCAUAAAUUCAUGUUUACUUUGACCCAAAAACAUUGGUUUACUUGGUCAACACAUCAAACCAAACUAGUUGUCAUAAAUCCAUGAAUGACUAUAUUCAUUAGAAAUAUUAUCUUUCGAGUCAGAAUGUGGAUAUUGAUAAAGGAUGCAGAGAACAGUUUUACUUGUCAGAUUUAGCGUGACUGAGUUUAUAAAUAUACACUCAUUAAAAUCGUAGCUACUUCCUACUACUACACUUUUAAAGUCUUAAAAGUUAAAACCAUUGGUUUCAGUUUGUAUCCAUUAGAGCAUGUUUAUAGGCAAUUCUUAACUCGUGCCUUAGGUUAAUUAAUCAUUAAAAAAGAAGAAAACACGGAGUAAAAGAAAGGGACGUCCCUUAAUUAAGCGUUUGAAGGCACGUUCUUUAGUGCGACGUGUCACAACCGUAUUGGGCAGAGGAACGGUGAAGUCGUUCCCGUUUCUUUCUCUCUUCUCUUUCUCUCUUUCUCUUCUCGGUUGCUCCGCAAAGGCGACGCAAAUGGCGAAUUUUUUCGCCGUCUCGAUCUUCGCCGUCAACGUCUACUGGGGUUUCUCUCGUCGAUGAUGGAAACGGCGUUUGCUCUCUCACCGUGCUCUCCUCAAGGAAACGACGAUUCCUCUCCCUCUCGGUGGCUCUCGUCGAGGAAAGAAGACGGUGAACUCUCAAUCGGUGGCUAUCUCUCUCUCCUGGUGGCUCUCUGAUACGGCGAUUGUCUCUGAAGGGAAUCGAAAGAGAAGGAUCAAGACGCAUGAUCCAGGACUGAGCUAGAGGCGUGAAGUGGGCAGAAAACCUGUAUUUUAGGCAGACAAAACCGCAAAUCGCAAAGGUACUUUAGCUUUGAUCUUUCUAAUUGUGUAAACGUUUCUCUUUGCUCUGAUGAAGUGGAUUGCGAAUGUGAAUGUGAUUUUAAUUAUAGUUUGGAAUGUGAUUGUGAUUUCCACUUUAGAGGAUUACAUAUAAUUCGUUGUAAUGGUUUUGAUUUGUUUUUGUUUUUGUUUUGUCUUGAGGUUGUUUGACCAAGAUGCUUGAUCCAGUUGGUGAGACAUAAACGAAGAAGCCAACCAUCGUUCAUACAGGUAAAUCACUCUCUUUACUCUGCGCAAUUGGAUGAAGUAGUAGUUAGGAAUGUAUUAACUCGUGCGUCAGUGUUUGGUUAGGUAAUAAAUUGUUGUUUACCGUGGUUAGAUAGAAAUUAGGUAAUGGUUGGCAUAGGUAAUAAAUAAUUUUUAUGGUUAGAUAGAAAUGAAUGGAUUACAUUGAUGAAAUUGUGGAUAAAUGUCUAAUCGUUCUUCUCUUCAAUGCGUUGAAGCUUUUCUUCAAUGCGCUGAAGCUGCCCUUCCCACUUUCUCAUCUAUUAAAGUCUGUCAUUCUCCUCUGUCUUUGAUACAUUUUCACCGUGUUCUUCUCUUUCCACUUGCUCAUCUCUCUAAUUAUCUUUCUCUCUUCCUUGUGCUUGCUUCCCAAAUGGAUUCUUCUCCAUUUUCUAAAUUUGUUGACUUACUUAAUAGCCAACAAACCAUUUCGUUUGUUAACCUUGAAGAAACUGUCUCACAAGCUUCAUCCCAAGCUGUUGGAAACGAAGAUGGUGGUGAGACUGGUACUCGCGCAAAGACACGGCGGAAGUGGACGACUGCGGAUGAUAUUGUCCUCAUUAGCGCAUGGCUUAACACAAGCAAAGAUGCCGUGGUUAGCAAUGAGCAAAAAUCAAGCACUUUCUGGUCAAGAGUAGCAGCUUAUUACUCGGCAAGUCGUCAAGAUGGUGAGGGCGAGAGGGGAGUCCUGCAUUGCAAGCAACGUUGGCACAAGAUCAAUGAUCUUGUGUGCAAAUUCUGUGGCGCCUACGCAGCUGCAACCAGGGAGAAGACCAGCGGUCAAAAUGAGAAUGAUGUGCUAAAAUUAGCACAUCAAAUAUUCUACACGAACCAUAAGACCAAAUUCUGCCUCGAAUAUGCUUGGAAAGAGCUGAAGAACGACCAGAAGUGGUGUGAGGCAGUGUCUGCUAAAAACGAAGGAAAUGCUAAGAAAAGAAAGCCUGGAGACGGUGGAGACUCUUCAAGCUAUCAACCAACUGACAUGAAGCGUCCAGAAGGUGUAAAAGCGUCAAAGGCCCGUGGUAAGCAGUCAGUGGCUAAGGAGAAAGCGAUGAAGGAGUUUGAGACCAUGUGGUCUAUAAGAGACCAAGAUCUCACCCGGAAAGAACGCAUGUCUAAGAUGAGACUACUGGAUAGUCUGAUCGCCAAGAAAGAACCUCUUGUUGAGUAUGAAGAAGAGAUCAAGAAGAAGCUGGCUAAAGAGUUGUUCUUGUCUUAGUUUAAGUUUCUUUGGUCGGGUAUCUUGAAGUUAAUGUUCCUUGUUCUGUUCUCUUUAAUUUCCAUGUUCUUUUCUGUUUAAUUUCCAUGUUCUGUUCUCUUUAAAAUGUUUCUUGUAAUUUGGCUUUCAUGAAGUUUUAUGAUAUAAAAGUUGCUUCAAGUUUAAAAUGGCUUUCAUGAAGUUAAAGGUUUCAUAUUUUGUUGAGGUUGAUGCUUCUAUACAUGUUAAUAGUUACGGGUUUUUUGUUCUUGCAGGCUCUGUAGAUUUGGAGCAAAGAAGACAGAGGUCACGGGUUUGUUGUAAAAGACAGACGUCACAUGUGUUGUUUCAGUAGUCACGGGUGUAGAAGACAGAGGUCACGGGUUUGUUGUUUUGUCAGGGUUUUGUUGUUGCUUUGUGGUCACGCUUUUGUUGUUGCUGGUCACGGUUUUUAGGUUGGUUUUGUUGUCACGAGAUGUUGUCACGGGUGUUGUUCUUGUUGUUGUUGACAUGUUAUAAAUUGGUUUGGAGUUUUAACAUUUGCAUCACAGCAUUCUCUCCAUUCUCGUUUCUAUCUCUUCUCACCAUUUUCGUAUAAAUUCUAUCUCUUCUCACCAUUUUCUCCAUUGUCAUUCAAACCAAAACACAAACCAAAACUCAAACCAUCUUGUAAUAAUCUCAUGGCAUCUUCAUCUCAAGACACGUAUGGUCAUGAAGAAGCUUUCGAGGAUAACGAGGAUGGUUUUGAUGAAGCUUUCGAUCAAUAUUUUGAUCAACGUUUCGAUCAAGCAUUUGAAAAUGUGUGUUCGACUUAUGGUCAUCAAGGAACGCAAAAAAAAACAAGAAAGAAACGAGAAUUUAUUGAAAGAAACCGUGAAGAAGGUCAUCAACGAUUAUGGAAUGAUUAUUUCAGUGACACUCCAACAUAUCCUCAACAUCUAUUCCGACGCCGAUUUAGAAUGAACAGGCCAUUGUUCAUGCGGAUUGUUGAUCGCCUCUCCAAUGAAGUUCAAUUCUUUCGUCAAAAGCAAGACGUUACCGGAAGAAAUGGUCUCUCCCCACUUCAAAAGUGCACAGCAGCUAUUCGUGUGUUGGCAUAUGGUUCUGCGCUCGAUGCGGUCGACGAAUACCUCCGGCUCGGUGCAACCACUGCUCGGUUAUGUGUGGAAAACUUUGUGGAAGCAAUAAUUGAUUUGUUCGGCGUUGAGUACCUAAGGAGACCAACGCCGGAUGAUCUUCAACGUCUCCUUAAUAUUGGAGAGCUUCGUGGAUUUCCCGGGAUGGUAGGAAGCAUCGAUUGUAUGCAUUGGGAGUGGAAGAAUUGUCCCACCGCUUGGAAAGGGCAAUAUACUCGUGGUUCGGGAAAACCCACAAUCGUUUUAGAGGCGGUUGCUUCAUAUGAUCUCUGGAUUUGGCAUGCGUUUUUCGGACCUCCAGAUACCUUGAAUGAUAUCAAUGUUCUUGAUCGCUCACCUGUUUUUGAUGACAUAAUAAAUGGUCAUGCUCCAGAAGUGAAUUUCUCGGUGAACGGAAAUUCUUAUUCAAUGGCUUACUAUCUCACCGAUGGUAUUUAUCCGAAAUGGGCAACUUUUAUCCAAUCUAUUUCACUACCACAAGGUCCGAAAGCGGCUUUAUUUGCUCAAUGUCAAGAAGCUGUCCGAAAAGAUGUCGAACGUGCUUUUGGAGUCUUGCAAGCUCGAUUUGCCAUUGUUAAAAAUCCAGCACUUUGUUGGGAUAAAGUCAAGAUCGGGAAGAUUAUGAGAGCGUGUAUCAUACUCCAUAAUAUGAUUGUUGAAAACGAACGAGAUCAACAAAGUCAAUUCGAUGUUUCGGGUUUCCAGCAAGGAGAAGGCAAUACAAGUUCACAUGUCGAUCUCACAUAUUCAACAGAUACUCCUACAAAUAUCGCCAAUCAGAUGGGUGUUCGAGUAAGAAUCCGUGAUAAACAAGCACAUCAACAACUGAAACGUGAUUUGGUUGAACAUAUAUGGCGUAAAUUUGGACGUGAUCAAGACAACAAUUGAACUUGGAUGUCGGUUUCAAACUUUUAUUGCUUAUUUUAGUUCUUUUUAUUUUCAUGUUUUUAUGUUUUUAUUUUAAAAUAUAUGUUUAAAAUGUUAUAUUUGACUUUUUUUUAUUUAAUAAAUAACUUUUAUCUUUU